GUGGACUUAACUGGUGCGUACUACGACGCAGGAGACAACGUCAAGUUCAACUUCCCAAUGGCGUUUACCACAACAAUGCUUUCAUGGAGCACAUUUGAUUACGGUGAGCAGAUGGGUCUUGAGCUCCAAAACGCACGUGUUAACAUCCGUUGGGCCACGGAUUAUCUGCUGAAAUGUGCGACAGCCACUCCCGGGAAGCUUUACGUCGGGGUAGGAGAUCCUAAUGCUGAUCACAAAUGCUGGGAACGGCCUGAAGAUAUGGACACACCUCGUACAGUCUAUUCUGUAUCCCCUUCUAACCCCGGUUCUGACGUAGCAGCUGAAACUGCAGCAGCUCUGGCCGCAGCUUCUAUGGUUUUCAGGGAAGUUGAUUCUGAGUACUCGCUUUUACUGCUGGCAACAGCUAAGAAUGUGAUGGAGUUUGCCAUUAAGUACAGAGGAAAUUACAGUGAUUCCCUUUCUUCAUCUGUCUGUCCUUUCUACUGCUCCUACUCUGGUUACAAGGACGAGCUUAUGUGGGGUGCGGCGUGGCUGCAGAAAGCUACCAAUGACCCCAAUUACAAAAACUUCAUAGAAUCUCUAGGAGGUGGAGAUCAUCCUGACAUCUUCAACUGGGACAGCAAAUAUGCUGGCGCCUAUGUUCUUCUUUCACAGCGAGCAUUAGUUAACAAAGACAUCAACUAUGAACUAUACAAGCAAGAAGCUGAGAGUUUCAUACGCAAGAUCCUCCCAAACUCUCCCUCUACUCAUUACACUCCAGGAGGCUUGAUGUACAAGUUACCUCAGAGCAACCUACAACACGUAACCGCCAUAACAUUCUUGCUCACAACCUACGCCAAGUACAUGAAAGCCACACAACAUAUAUUCAACUGCGGAAACUCCGUCAUUGUCAACCCCGACACCUUGAUAAGCUUAUCGAAGCAACAAGUGGAUUACAUACUCGGCGAGAACCCAAUAAAGAUGUCGUACAUGGUUGGAUUCGGAUCCAGAUUCCCCAUGAGAAUCCACCACAGAGCAUCGUCGCUUCCUUCACAAGUACUUCUUUCAAAACCUUUCAACUGCACCGAGGGAUUCCAAUUUUACCACACGCAAAACCCCAACCCUAACAUUGUCACGGGAGCAAUCGUAGGGGGUCCAGAUAAGAACGAUGAGUAUCCAGAUAAGAGAGACCAUUACAUACACUCGGAACCGGGUACUUACAUCAACGCCCCCUUCGUUAGACCUUUGGCGUACUUCGCCUCCCGUGGAUCUGCUUGAAAUGGAAUCCACCACCACUUUUGUCCUACGUGAAAGUUGCCUUUGAGUUGCGAAAAUGGUUACUUAGAGCUGUUGGCUUAAACCGAACUUGACUAUCUAUAACGGAAUAAAUAAUUCAAAUGUAAAACUCUUAAUGGGCUAAGACCUAAUAUUAACGAACAUGUAAUAAGAUAUUACUGAAAUUUUAUUUUAAAGAAGUUUUACAGAAACAUGGAAGUUCUUCUAAUCCAAUAGUUUGAUUACGAGUUAAUUAAUGAUUUUACACUUGAAAAAUAUGAUUGAUCACUAAUUAUUUCUGAGUUAUGGAAAAAAAAUCUAAAGGAAAUGUUC